GCGUUAUAAGAACCCAAAUAGCUGUUGCGGUAACUCGAUAACGUCUUUCCAUGAUCAUGGACACGUUUCGUAUAGUUGUUGUGUGUACAAUUUUGAUGCCUGGCUGCAUUUUAACUUGCCAAGUCCGGGAAAAUGAAGAAUUAACAAAAGACUGGUGGCAAACUGCACAGUUUUAUCAAAUAUAUCCUCGAUCUUUUAUGGACUCUAAUGGCGAUGGAAUUGGUGACUUAAACGGAAUUACAUCAAAGUUAGAAUACCUUAAUGAAAUCGGUGUUACAGCAGCUUGGCUUUCUCCGAUUUUCAAAUCACCAAUGUUUGAUUUUGGUUAUGAUAUUUCAAGCUUCUACGAUAUUCAGGAUGAAUACGGAACAAUCGAUGAUUUUAAAAAGCUUAUAGCUAAGGCGAAUAGACUCGGACUGAAAAUUAUAUUAGAUUUUGUUCCUAACCAUGCGAGUACAGAAAGUAAAUGGUUUAAAAAAUCGGUAAAACGUGAAAAGAACUAUGAAGAUUUUUUUGUUUGGCACGAUGGCUAUGAAAACCCUAAUGGUGGAAAUCGACUUCCCCCAAGCAAUUGGCUUCAAGCAUUCAGAGGAUCUGCCUGGGAAUGGAAUGCUGAGAGAAAACAGUUCUAUCUUCAUCAGUAUACAGUUCAACAGGCUGACUUGAAUUACCGAAAUCCUUUGGUGGUUGAAGAAAUGAAACGUGUACUUCGAUUUUGGUUGGAAAUUGGUGUUGCUGGAUUUAGAAUUGAUGCAGUUCCAAUGCUUUUUGAAGCACUACCUGACAUUAAUGGUCGUUAUCUCGAUGAACCACCAAGUGGAAUAACAAAUGAUCCAGAAAACUCGGACUAUUUAAAACAUCUGUACACCCAAGACCAACCCGAAACACUAGACAUGGUAUAUCAGUGGCGUACCGUUAUGGAUGAUUUUCAACGAAUACAUGGUGGUGAUACUCGAGUUUUGCUCAUUGAAACAUACUCACCGGCUUCAUUUACAAUGAAAAUCUAUGGAAACCGUACCACAAAAGGAGCACACUUACCAUUUAAUUUUAAUCUAAUAACAAUGUUAAAUAAAGGAUUCUCAGCAACUGAUCUAUCAAGGAGCAUAUCUUCCUGGUGGGAUAAUAUGCCACCUGGACAAACAGCAAACUGGGUGAUUGGUAAUCACGAUAAGAGGCGAGCGUCGAGUCGUUAUGGGGAAGAUUUGAUUGAUACGAUGAAUAUGUUGGUUAUGAUGUUGCCUGGAGCCAGUAUCACUUACCAGGGUGAAGAGCUCGGUAUGCCGGAUGGAAUAAUAAGCUGGGAAGACUCGGUUGACCCUGCGGCUUGUAACUCAAACAAGGAAAUCUUUGAGGAAUUUACAAGAGAUCCAGCUAGAACACCAUUUCAAUGGAGUGACGCUCAAAAUGCUGGAUUUUCCACGGCUGCUAAAACUUGGCUUCCAAUUGCAGCUGGUUAUGAAACCAUAAAUGUUGAAGCAGAAAAAAACACACCAACAAGUCAUUUGAAUAUCUACAAAGCUUUGGUUCGCGAAAGAAAAAAUAGAAAACUUUUACAAUUUGGUGAUUUAAAAUUUAAAGCAAUUAAUGAGAAAGUUUUUCUAUUAGAAAGAUCAUUUACCACCGGUGAAAAACUGAUUUUAAUAGCUAAUGUUGGAAAUCAGCCAUCUAUCAUUAAUGUGGAUGAAUUUGAUUCGACAUUUAGAGGAAAUGUUAAAACUUUGAUUUUGAAUUUAAAAUCAACAAAAACUGAAGGAACUGUUUUACCAGCUAGAAAUUUGCAAUUGAGUGCAUAUGAAGCCUUAGUAAUUGAAAGAGCUUAAAAAAGAUAGAAAAUGCAGUUGAAAUAAAAUUAAAAGUUAUGAUUUCAUUAUUUUUAUAA